CCAAGAAGUGGUAACAAAGUUGCUGAUAGAAUAGCGAAGGAGACUGUUACGUUUUCUACUGUCCUUAAGUUGAGUUGAAAAAAAAAACAAACCACGACCCGACCAAAAAUCCGAAACUGCGGAGGUUUGAGUUCUUUUUUUUUCAAAUCACAUUUGGUCGGUCUAUCUAAUUAAAUUGCAACGGAAAAAAACAAAUGAAAGUGUCGAAACAUGGUGUCACCGCCGUGUCAGCGAUAAUUAAUACACACUUAAAACUAAUUUUUAUUUAUCUUUAAUAACUUUCUUCUCCAAACUUUCAGUUCCGAUCUCUCCACAAAAAAGAUACGAACUUUAAUUUCAAAUGGGAAGCGGAAGAAGAAGAUACAUGGACGACGACCCUUUAGCCUCCUCCUCCUCUCCCAUCACCGUAUCCAACCCCCUCGACAGCUUUCUCGGCGAAUCGACCUCUCGCUCUGGAAGCUUCGAAAGUGAGAGCAUCAGCGAAGAAGCCGAUUUUGGACCCGAGAAACUCGCCGGGACCGUAGAGUUCUACGAGAGACAUGUCUUCUUGUGCUACAAAAAGCCCUCCUUUUGGCCGGCCAGGAUCGAGGCUUCGGAGUUCGAUCGGUUGCCGAGGCUUCUCUCUUCCGUCGUGUCUGCGAGGAAGUGUGAUAUGAAGAAAGAGACUCUACUCACAAUAUGUGAGGGCCAUGAUGGGACUGAGACAUCUAAUGGGGAUGUGUUGAUCUUUCCGGAUAUGAUCAGAUACAGAAGGUUGACUCAUUUUGAUGUGGACACAUUUGUGGAAGAGGUGCUUGUGAAGGAUGUUGUGUGGCUGCCUGGGAAUCCUGAACCUCUGAGUGGCUCAUAUGUCUUUGUAUGUUGUCAUGGAUCCAGAGACCGGCGUUGUGGGGUUUGUGGACCCUCUCUGGUUAGUAGAUUCAGAGAAGAAAUUGAAAUGUGUGGUCUUGAAGGUGAAGUUUCGGUCAGCCCUUGUUCCCACAUUGGUGGUCACAAAUACACUGGAGAUGUUAUCAUCUAUGGAUCAAACAUUAACCAGAGAGUCACAGGAAACUGGUAUGGGUUAGUGACUCUAGAAGAUGUACCUCAACUGCUGGAGCAACAUAUUUACAGAGGCCAAAUCCUAGACCGCCUUUGGAGGGGUGAAAUGGGUCUGUUAGAAGAAGAUCAGAAGAUAACUCAAGAACAAAGGUUCCAAGAACGAAAUGCUGAAAAGAUCAACAACGGGGAGGUGUCCCUCGUUGUCCAACAAAAUGGGAAUUCAUCUUGGUGUUUAGAGGAGAAGAAUCACACUGAGAAUAAUACCUCGGAAAAAGAAAUCUCUGUUAAAAGUGCAUCUUCUCGGGUAAGUAGCAGCAAGAAUGGAUCUUCCUGCGGAUUCAAGGUUUGUGCUGCGAUGUCAAUGUGGUUGGAGAAUUGGGAGAAAGAAGAUACAUAUGCUGCUUUAUCUGUUGUUUGUGCUGCUGCAUCUGUGGCUAUUGCCUAUAACUGCUACAAGCAAUUGAAAUGAAACCGUUUGUUAUAUAUUUUUGGAACGGUUAUUAUUAUUAUCUCAACCCAUUAGAAUGAUCCUCUUCGUCUGUAUAGAGUUGGUAGAGGAUGGCUUAUGUAAGAACUGUCUGUUGAUAAUAUAUUAGACAUCUCUGGUUUGGAUU